AUGGUGCUGUCCCGGAGCCCCUGCACCGAGGGCUCUCCCUCGCCCUGCGGGGUGGCCGCGCCCCAGCCCGUGGCCGAGAGCUGCAACGAGCCGUGCGUGCGGCAGUGCCCCGACUCCACCGUGGUCAUCUACCCCCCGCCCGUGGUGGUCACCUUCCCCGGGCCCAUCCUGAGCACCUUCCCCCAGCAGAGCGUGGUGGGAUCCGCGGGAGCCCCCGAGACACAACCCCCAGCUUUGCUCCAGGAGUCUGUGUUUGGCGGUACAGUCAGUCAGCUGAUGCCUCUUUUGGAGAAGAAUUUGGGCAAGCCCAAGGUCACAGGAUAG